AUGACAGACAAGUUGGGGCAUCGCGGGCCCAACAAGGCUGCCGCGCAUUCUUCACCAUCGUCUUCGUUCUCCUCCAACUCUCUGUCCGCCAUCUCACAGGAACACCGCGGAUCGUUGUCCACCGAGCGCACCUCCGCGAGCGCAUGGAGUCGGAAAGCCGAGGGCCAAGAUUCGGACAAACGCGACGAUGGACUAAUCGAGCUCCCCCUUCACCUACAAAAUCAGAAACCGAAAGGCUCGUACCGCCUAAGCGAUUUCUUCAUCCAGCGCACGCUAGGGACGGGAAGCUUUGGACGCGUCCACUUGGUUCGGAGCAAAGUCAACCUGCGCUUCUAUGCCAUCAAAGUGCUCAGCAAAGAAAAGAUUGUGCGGACAAAACAGGUCUCGCACACGCGCAACGAACAGAUGAUGCUGCAGGCAGUGCAACAUCCAUUCAUCAUCAACCUCUGGGGUACGUUCCAGGAUAGCGCGAACCUCUACAUGAGAUUCCCGGACCCUGUAGCAAAAUUCUACGCAGCGGAGGUCGCUCUCGCGCUGAACUAUCUUCAUUCGCUCGACAUCAUUUAUCGCGACCUGAAGCCGGAGAAUAUCCUUCUUAACUUCGAUGGCCAUAUCAAAAUUGCAGAUUUCGGCUUCGCCAAGUACUGCAACACGACUGUCUGGACCCUCUGCGGUACUCCGGACUAUCUGGCGCCUGAGAUCAUUGGCCACAUGCGAUACAACAAAUCCGUCGACUGGUACGCCCUCGGAGUGCUCAUUUACGAGAUGCUCUCAGGCCUGCCGCCCUUCCACGAGCCCGACAUCACGCCAGUGCGGCUGUACGAAAAGAUUGCGCAGGGCCCCGCAUGCAUCAAAUGGCCGAACAUCAGCCCGAGCGCGACGGACUUGAUCAUGAAGUUCAUGGAGCGCGACCCGUCGAAGCGCUACGGCAACCUGCACCACGGCGCAGGCGACGUGUUUGCGCACCCAUGGUUCCGCGAGGUCGACUGGGAGCGACUGCGCAACCGCGAGAUCCAGGCGCCGUACAUGCCCAAGAUCGCCGGCGACGGCGACGCCAGCGCGUUCGAAAGCUACCCCGAGAUCGACGCUGCGCGUCUGUAUGGUGCUUCUGCACCCGAUCCCUAUGGGGACCAGUUCCCGGACUUCGACUAUGCAGCAUAGUGUAUGCUCAUCAUCAUAUAUACCAUGUAUGUAUCUAUUCUUGAUGGUGUUUCACAAGGAGGGAUGUGUUGUAUGUAUAGUA